CUCCUGCUUAAUAAAAAGCAACCAUUCUCUAUGCGUGUAUGUGAUUAUACAGACAUAUAUCUAUACAUGUAUAUUUUUCUAUUCUUCAGAAUUAUAAUACUAAUUUAAUUUUGGCGAAAACUUUCGUUAAUCCAUGCUAGAAUUCGCUGCACUGAUUCAACCAAAUACGGCGCGCAAGUACUUUGGAUUGAAGUUAAAAAUGGCGACGGAUACAUGUCGUCUGAUCCGGUUUGAUCACCGUCGGACGCGGCUGAACUGUAGUUUCAUCGAAACAUGAAGGAAAUAUUCGUUACCAGGUGACAGUACCCGCGUGGCCAAUUUUUUCAAGAUGAUUGGCCGACGCUGCGCUCUCGUCGCUUUGGGCGGACUUUUGAUUCUCAUGCUCAGCGUCAAUGUAUACUUUAUUCGAAUGAUCGUCGAGAGCUUAUCUCAAAAGACUUCCUCCAAAGCCAUGCCUAUUUCGCAAUUCAAGCUCGAACAGGAACAGUUAAUCUCGCGCGCAGAACAAAAUUUGCAGAUACCACAGAAAUCGGUUGCCAAAGACAUGGCGAUAAAAAUUAAAGCAGAGAUUGGAAUACUACCGUCGAGAUAUUUUAAGCAAAAUGCUAGCUACUCGAUAGUCUUGGAACGACUGUUGACCGAGUUAAGAAUAACGCCUAAUGUUCGUGAAAAUAUAUGGAGUAUUCCUAAUAAUAAUUGGCCUGAUGCUCAUCAGUUAAUUCCACCUGUAGCGCCCGAAUUAGGAACAAUUUUAGACACUUUGCGUAAAUCCAAAGUGACGCGUGCGGAUAAUGCAGCACUUGGUACACAAUUGAAAUUGAUGUUAACUCUGGAACAUGGGAUGAAAGCAAUGUUCAAACCCCAGUGGUAUUCUAGAGAUGCAAUUAUUCGAGGGCCCGUUUAUCACGGAAAAGAUCGCCACAAUGCUGAAGCGGUCGCAUUUCAUUUAUCUUCCUUACUGGCCUUGAGGAGAGUACCAGUUACCGUUGUAAGAAAACUUGAUUUAAGGAACGAAGUUCGGCCAUUCGCAACUCCUGAACUCUACGCGACUAUGUAUCAAGAUGGUAAUGAUACCUGCCUGUAUGGGGUUUGUCAUUAUUGUUCUCCAGCAGAUCCAGUUUGUGGGAUUGGAGAUAUUCUGGAGGGUGCUCUAAUUUCCUGGUUACCGCGAUAUUUGAAACUUGUGAAGCAUCGUCAUCCAUGGCAAAGAACUUAUAAAAAGAACAAACUUGCAGCAUGGGAGACAGAUGAUAAUUACUGUGAAAAAGUAAAAGAGUCUAAGGCGUAUUCUCCGCAAUCGUCGAGCAGACUUUUAGAUUUGAUAGACACUGCAAUCUUCGAUUUUUUAAUGGACAAUGGCGAUCGUCAUCAUUACGAAUUGACACAGAAUAAUUUUCAUAAUCCUGCUGUUUUGUUGAUUGACAAUGGAAAGAGCCUUGGGAAUCCUGAUGUUGAUCAUUUUGAUAUUUUAGCUCCAUUGUAUCAAUGCUGCAUGAUUCACAAAACUACUUGGGAUCGUUUGAAAUUGCUUAGCGGUGGUUCUCUGAGUAUUGCACUUGAAAAGCUUGUUGCACAUGAGUCGAUGAUGGCCGAUGUCGAGCAUCUAAUUACAGAUUCUCAUUUAAGUGCCAUGGAUAGAAGAUUACUUACUAUAUAUGCAGUUGUAGAAUAUUGUUUGAAAAGUAAAAAAUAUGCUUCUAACGUUAUUCUAGAUCAUCGGUAGCUUAUUAUAUUUUAUAGGAUUUUUAGCACAAUUAAGCCAUUUUCAAUAUCUGAAAUAUUAGGAAAAUAUUCAUAUUUUAUAUGAUAUGGUAACGAAUGAUACUCUUCAGUAUCAUCUUAAAGAAUCAUGUCAAUUGUAGGUUUAUUGAGAUCCUGCUGGAUUGUUCUUAGAUUGAACAAAAAUUUAUAUUCAAGCAUGAACGUGUACCUUUGAUUUAAAUAAAACAGCUUUGUAAAUACAAAGUGA